UGACGAUUGACCAUGGAUGUUAUUCAACGUAGUUCAGAACAUUCUAGUUUAUCAUCCCGAUCUCAGCACCAUACUUGGACGAUGUCAUAACGCUGGAGUCUUAUGUUUUAGAUAUCAGAUCAAAGUAACGCUUCCCACCAUGGAUUCUGCAGGGGACAAAACACCUACAGAUGUUAGCACAGAAAAAGUAUCUGCUGAAAACCCAACAAGUUCAGAUAUAGUCCAAAAAUAUCAGGAGAUGUUUUCAUCUAGGUACAGUGACGACGAUCCAUUCUUCAAACCCUAUAAAACCAAAGGAAUGGACCCCCCACCCAUCAUGGAAAAUUACUUCAUCAGACAACAAAAGAGAAGCUGGAAUGACAGUUACCAGGAUCAUAGAAAUAACCAAGACAGAGGUUACGGUCCUUCAAAGAGGCCACAAUACGAUCAUAGAGGUCAACAUGGAGGUCAUCAUGGAGGUCACCAUCGUGAGAGGGACGGUGGAUGGGGUCAACAGGGUCGUAAUCAACAAUGGGGUAAUUCUUCUCAUAAUCAAGACUGGAGACAGCGAGAUAGACAAGGUCAAGGGUCACAACCCCAAAGAGGUCAACGAGAACGAUACUCUGAUGGUCGCCAUGAUAGAUGGUCUAAUGAGAGACCGAAUGAAAGACAGCAGGACACUCAGCAUCGGUCACAAGGCCGUAACUCCAGUCACAAAACACAUGAUGAAUGGACUUGAUUUCAGAUUUAUAGUCCAGCUGCUCAAGCACAAAAAGUUACUAAGCACAAAGUAAUUAUCCUUACUAGGAUAAGGUUACCAGCCAAAAUACCAUUUCGCAUGUUCCAUUUAUGACUGGUAUACUAUCAUUUCUGCUUAGCAGAACAUUGUUAACAAUAUUUCCUGCUUAAAGACACUGGCCACCUUUGGUUCGUGUCAAA